UCUAUAUAUAUCAUCAUCCACUCUUCUCCAGUUUCUCAAGCUAAUUAAUUUCCUAUUUUCUCACCAAAGAAAGUGCUCACAAUGGAGAUGAAAAUGAUGUUGCCAUCACCACUUGCCGUUUUCAACUUGGACGACAGUGCUUGUACUACUCCUUAUAUAAGUGCUCCUUCAAGUCCUGAACGUUUUGAUGAUGGUUUUACUUUUGAAUUUAGUGGAUAUGAGUUGGAGAAAAGCUCAAUAUCAGCAGCUGAUGAGCUCUUUGAUGGAGGAAGAAUCAAGCCUUUAAGUCAAAAUGAAAGUCGUGGAAGGGAAAGAACUCAAAAUUCUUCAAAUUCUUCAAGUCCCAGCAGCAGGCACAAAGCAACAAGAUCUUUAUCUCCUUUGAGAGUUUCUGAUUUGCUAUUAUUUGAUCACAAUGAAAACAUUGAUCAAGAAAACACAGAGACCUCUGCUACUGCUGCUUGUUCUUCUUCGGAUUCGUCUUCAGUUUCAUCAUUGAUAUCACUCUGGAACAGAAAAUGGAAGCUGACAGACUUAUUGCUAUUCAGAAGUGCUUCUGAGAGUCGAGCAACUAGCAAUUUAGAAGAGUUGAACAAGUAUGAGUUGGUGAAGAAAGCCCGUCAAGAAAAUGUUAAAUCGAAUAGUAGUAAUGUGGGAUCAGCGGUACCGAGCUCCAGGAGGAGGAAGGUACCAAUUUCGGCUCAUGAGUUGCAUUACAAGAUGAAGAGGGAAGUGUUGAAAGAGAUGAAGAAGAAAACCUUCUUACCGUACAAACAAGGUUUACUUGGUUGCUCAGGGCUAGAUGAUCCAAUUUCAAUGUACAUGACUCGUCGUGAAUAGCUCUGGUUGUCUCCAUAUGUAAUUAUUUGCUUAAUAUAGAAGAACAAAUGGUUUGAUUGAA